AUGGCUGGUGCACAUGCGUACAUUGGGGCCGUAGGUGCCUUCAAUCACUCAAAAGAGACCUUUGAUGCGUAUGCAGAGAGAUUGGAUAUGUUUUUCUUAGCCAACAAUAUAAUAGAACUGCCUGGUAAGACUGAGAAUCAAAUAGCAGCUAGAGCUGCGGUUGUGCAAAGGAAAAAGGCAAUAUUCCUUAGCGAAGUUGGGCCCGAGUUCUAUGCUGUACUCCGGAACCUUGUGGCUCCAGGAAAACCGAGCGACAUGGAACCUGCAGAGAUUUUCAACCAGCUGAGAGCACAUUACAAUCCGCCUCCACUCGAGAUUUCUGAAAAGCAGAAAUCUGGAGAGUCUGUGAAUGACUAUGUGUUGGCCCUCAGGAAACUUUCUAUUUAUUGUUAUUUCGGGAACUACCUGAAUCGGGCUCUAAGGGACAAGUUCGUGUGUGGUCUACAAGAUACGAGAAUUCAGAAGUUGUUGAAAACGGCUGAUUUGACUUUCGCACGUGCUACGCAAAUAGCUGUUGCUAUGGAGAUGUCGAGCAAGCAAGCAAAGGAGAUGCGGCCUGGCAGCGGUGGCAGUAGUACCGGCACUGUCAGCAAAGUUCAAAAGUUUGGUGGAUCAUCGCGAACCAGUUGUUCUGGUGAUAGUUCCGGUGGUCGUGGGAAGUCUCGUGUCAUCGCAUGUUUUCGGUGUGGCAAAGACCAUCUAGCGACAAACUGUCCUCACAUGGAUGUUAUGUGUAGGAAGUGCGAAAGAUCUGGACACUUUGCAAAAUACUGCAAGUCAAAAGCAGUAACUCAAAGUGCCAGCAGCAGUCGAUAUGAAAAGAACAGUUCAAGGAACUUUUCAAAAAAGAAAACUGUUGAUACUGCUGCUGAUUACUCUGUGAUGAGUAAAGAUUACUACUUGGCAAAUUUUGCCGAGGUACAACUGGAAAAUUCCAAUGUCAAGUUGAAAUCCUACACUGGUGAUGUCAUCAAAGUUUGUGGUCAGUUUGCCACCGAGGUUGUUUUUAAGGGUCUGAGGGCUAGUUUGCCCAUGGUUGUAGUUGACCACCCAGGCAAGCCUACAUUGUUAGGUCGGAACUGGCUUAAGGUACUCAAGUUAGACUGGGGUGAAAUGUUUGCGGUUGACAAGGCACCAGUUAACACUGAGUGUGAGAGUUUCAAAGCCCACAUUCGCAUGAAAGCGGAUGCAAAGCCAGUGUUUUAUGAUGCCAGACGGGUUCCCUAUGCUAUCAAAGAUAGGGUUGAAACAGAGUUAGAUAAGCUUGAGAAAAAUCGGGUACUUGAGAAAAUUGACCAUUCUGAGUGGGCCAGUCCCAUUGUUGUUGUCCCCAAGGCGGACAAGACUGUGAGGAUUUGCGGUGACUACAAAGUCACUAUAAAUCUGACAGUCGAAGACGAGCAAAUUAGUCUUCCAACAACUCAGGACCUAUUCCAAAAAAUGUGUGGGUCAAAAGUUUUCACCAAACUCGACCUUUCGCAUGCUUAUGCUCAACUAAGUGUAGAUGAUGAGAGUCAGAAAUAUCUCACCCUCAAUACCCACAAGGGUCUGUACCGGUAUACCAAGUUACCAUAUGGUGUAAAGUCUGCAUCUAAAAUGUUCCAAUCCAAAAUGGAUCAAAUUCUUCAGGGCAUUCCAAAGGUUGUGUGCAAGCAGGACUACAUGUUGAUUGGUGGAAAUUACACAAAUGAACAUCUGAUGAUCUUGGCUCAGGUUUUUGCAAGGUUGCACAAGCACAAUGUUCAUCUUAAUCUGCCAAAGUGUACGUUCAUGAAGCCUAGUGUGGUGUACUUAGGUUUCACCUACAGUGGUGACGGGCUAAGGCCUCUCGAGUCUAACAUUGAAGCAGUGAAGCAGGCUCCAGCUCCUGAAAAUGUGUCGCAGCUGAGAACCGUCAAGUUAGCAUGUGAUGCGUCACCAUAUGGUGUUGGUGCUGUGUUGAGUCACAUCAUGGACAAUGGGGAAGAAAGGCCAAUUGCCUACGCUUCAAGGACGCUGAGUGCAAGUGAAAAAAACUAUGCACAAAUAGAGCGCGAGGCCCUCUCCAUCAUUUUUGGUGUAAAAAAAUGCCAUGAUUUUCUUUAUGGCCGGAAGUUCACGUUGCUUACCGACCAUAAGUGUUUGGUGGUCAUACUUGGCCCAAAAACGGGUGUUCCAACUAUGGCAGCUGCCAGAAUGCAACGUUGGGCACUCGUACUCUCUGCCUAUGAAUACGACAUAGAGUAUCGUCAAGGCACAGCGCAUGCUAACUGCGACGCGUUAUCGAGAUUACCAUGUCCCCAGAUGUGUAAAGAAGGGACUGAAGGAAGAUUGUAUAAUGUUCAGAUGGUUGAUGAAGGGUUUCCUAUACUUGCUGACGACAUAGAGUGA